AUGACAUUUUACCUGAAGAUUCGUUUCUAUUGCUGCUUCCAGGAAGGAAUGGGCAGUUUGAAAAUCGUCGGCAACGGAGUUUACCUGGAUGGAGAAGCUUACCUUAUGGAUCGCCUGGUUGCCUCCAACAUUCGCAGCAGAGCCGGACGAAGUCUCACAUUCGAAGCUGCAAGAAAUCUCACGAUUCACGCAAGAAAAAGCGAUGCUCGAGUCGCCAACAAGCUUUUCCUCGGUGAUGGGAAGUUGGAAUGCGAGGCGGCGACAUUCAAAAUAACGAGUCCCCUGGGGAAGGAGCUUUUCUCGGCAGACCAACGCCAGGUUCACGUCGGGGCUGCGACUUUACGGGUCUCUGGUGAUGGAGGUGCUGUUUUUGACGGCUCGAUUCAAACCCCGCUCGUAAGAGCCGAGGCCAGACACGAACUUUUAUUGGAGUCACCUACACGGAGCGUGGAAGUCACAGCUGCGGAAGGAAUCGCGUUGGAGUCCCGUGCCGGGGACAUUGCUGCCACGUGUCUCACAGAACUCAGACUCACCUCCAAAGAAGGCGCUAUCCACUUGAAUUCCGGGAACAUCAUGCUGCAAAAACUGCCGAUCGUGAACGUGACAUCGGCUUCUUCCAUGCGAACCAGUGCCCUGGUCUACCAGAUGUGCAUCUGCGGCGACGGCAAGAUAUUCAUGGUGCCGCCGUCGUGGGAGUGCGUCGCCGACGCCAGAAUUUGCAGCUGAAUUUCCAUUCACCUGAUUAAGGGGCGCCAGUUGACAGAGAGAAAAAGAGAGGGAGAAAACAGCAUUGAUCACCGACACCCACGACGACGACGACGACGGAAAUCCGCUCCGGAUCUCAUCUUCCUUUCUCCGCCUUCGUUUCUCGCGGAUAGAUUCGUUCCUGGUUGAGUCAAACAAUUGAUAUUCCUUGCCGGGUAAAGACUUUUUUUCUUGGUACAAUCGAUUCUUGGUCUUCGGUAUGAAAAAAAACAAACAAAUUUGCAUCCUUGACCUUCAUCUCAUGAUAUCUGUGAUGCAAAUUCUCAUGAAAAAAAGAGUAUUCCUCACUUUUACAAAUCUCAGCCUUUUCAUCACCUCAACAUUUCGAGGACUCUCUUCACAUAUUCACGUUUUUUCUUUUCUCUUUUCUCAAGUCUUGCUGAAUUUCAUAGAUUUUCAAAAAAGGGGACUAUUUUGAAUUUAAAAAGGAGGACCAUUUUCGAGUAUUUCCGGUGGCCUCUCAAAAUAUCUCCUCUCGAUGCAAAUAUUUCCGCGUUUGCUGGGAGGCGAAGAAGUACAUGUACUGUAGUUCAAAAUAAGCUUUCAGCUAUAAGUUCUUCUGAAAUAUGAUGGGAUUGUCGUUCGUAGGUUCGGGGAAUGUUUUCCCUGAGCAGACGAAACUUGCUGGAAAAUCACGGCAAAGUUUCCGUGCCUGUCUGGUAUUUCAAAUGCAGGCUCUAAUAUCAAACUGCCAGUAUGAUAUUACUCCUGUUAUGAAUAUCAAGCUCCAACUUCCGCCGCUCAUUGACAGGCAUUGCCAAACUACGAGGUGAACCAAAAAACAGGAGCGGUUAAAAAAAAAAAAAAACAUCUUCUGGAUCAUUAGAACUGCUAUAACAUCAUGAAAAAUUAAAUUAGA